AUGAUGUUUCUUGAUCGAUUGAGCAGUAGCAGUUCUUUAUAUUCGGAAGCGAAUACUUCAGUAUAUGAUGAAAUAAAUGAUGCAGCCUUUGUUUGCCAAGAGUCAUUUCUUGGGAAAAGAACUGCCGGAAAUUUAACUAUUGUUUCCGGAAGGAACACUGUUGAUGGACGGUAUAGGACAAGGAAAGGCAUAAUUUCAACUUCGAACACUGUUGAUGGGGAGUCAGUAGAAUCGACAGUACUUGCUACGAAGGAUGUAUUGGUUGAUUUAUCCACUACGUAA